GUUUUCGCUAGGUUUCUUUUCUGUUUUUGCGUACUUUUGGUUAUCAGUGGAAGAUGUCUGGUCGUGGCAAGCAGGGCGGCAAAGCUCGUGCAAAAGCGAAGUCUCGUUCUUCCCGUGCCGGCCUGCAGUUUCCAGUGGGCCGUGUGCACCGCCUUCUCCGUAAGGGUAAUUAUUCGGAGCGGGUCGGCGCUGGUGCCCCGGUGUACCUGGCGGCUGUGCUAGAAUAUCUGACUGCUGAGAUCCUGGAAUUGGCUGGUAAUGCGGCCCGCGACAAUAAGAAGACGCGAAUCAUCCCGCGCCACCUGCAGUUGGCCAUCCGCAACGACGAGGAGCUCAACAAGCUGCUGGGCCGCGUGACCAUCGCGCAGGGCGGCGUCCUGCCCAACAUCCAGGCCGUGCUACUGCCCAAGAAGACCGAGAGCCACCACAAGGCCAAGGGCAAGUGAGGCCCCUACCGGUCGUUAGUGCGACUUUUACAGACACCAAAGGCUCUUUUCAGAGCCACCCA